AUGGCUGCCUCCAGGCGCCGUGGCGCCGAGCUCGUUCGCUCGAUGGUCAGGUCCUGGCAGCUGGGCCCCCAAGUGGUGAGGGAGUGGGCGGCCCCGCCCAGCGCACUGCUGGGCAUCCACAGGAGAUGCGUGUCCUGCGGCCAGGGCGCCGCUUUCUCUGGGCCCCGCCUGGCCUCGGCCUCGAGCGGUCAUGGCCAGGACUCAGCGCUGGACCGCUUUCUCGGAUUUCCUCAACACGACAGUUCGCCUCCUUCUAGCUUCCCCUCCGUGUCCAUACACCGAGGUGAGCAGGAUCUCCUUUUGGUCCAUUCCCCUGACAUGCCUGAGAAUCCCCGGGUCCUACGAGUGGUCCUCCUGGGAUCCCCAAAUGCAGGGAAAUCAACGCUCUCCAAUCAGCUGCUGGGCCGAAAUCUGUUUCCUGUUUCCAAGAAGGUACACACUACUCGCUGCCAAGCUCUGGGGGUUAUCACAGAGAAGGAGACCCAGGUGAUUCUACUUGACACACCUGGGAUCAUCAGUCCUAUUAAACAGAAGAGGCACCAUCUGGAGCUCCCUUUGUUAGAAGAUCCUUGGAAGAGCAUGAAAUCUGCUGAUCUUGUUGUUGUUCUUGUGGAUGUGUCAGACAAGUGGACUCGAGGCCGGCUCAGCCCCCAGGUACUCCAGUGCUUGACUCAGUUUUCCCAGGUCCCUAGCAUCCUUGUCUUGAACAAGGUGGACUGCCUGAAGCAGAAGUCAGUUCUCCUGGAGCUCACAGCAGCUCUCACUGAAGGUGUAGUCAAUGGCAAGAAGCUCAAUAUGAGGCAGGCCUUCCGCUCAUACCCUGGCAACCACUGCUCCAGCCCGGCAGCUAAGGACCCGAAUACACAGUCUGUAGGAAAACCUCAAAGAACUGGUUGGCCCCACUUCCAAGAGAUCUUCAUGUUAUCAGCCCUAAACCAGGAGGAUGUGAAAGUACUAAAGCAAUACCUCUUGUCACAGGCCCAGCCAGGGCCCUGGGAGUUCCACAGCAAAGUCCUCACUAGCCAGACACCUGAAGAGAUCUGUGCCAACAAAAUCCGGGAGAAGCUCCUAGAGUACCUGCCUGAGGAGGUGCCCUACAGUGUGCAGCAGAAGACAGUGAUAUGGGAGGAAGGACCAAGCGGGGAGCUGGUGAUUCAACAAAACCUUCUGGUGCCCAAAGAAUCUCAUGUGAGGAUCCUGAUUGGUCAGAAGGGCCAUCUGAUCUCCCAGAUUGCCAGGGAGGUAGGCCGUGACCUCAUGGACAUUUUCCUGUGUGACGUUCACAUCCGGCUCUCUGUGAAGCUUCUCAAGUGACUACCCUCUGUUACCUCUUGUGGGGCAUACCAGCUCAAGCUACUGGCAGUAGUCACUAAUUGGAAGUGUCCCUGCCCAAAGGGCUUGUAGCGGGCCAAUGUGGCCUUGCUUGAGUCUAUACAGUCUCUGCCCAGUCAUGUCUCCUGUUGGAGAAAAGAACCUGCCUUAGUUCAGUUCUAAGGUAGAGUUCUUUGCCAACUGCCACAGCUACAUCUGUCUCAGAAGUUGUCCUGAACUUUGUAGGAAUAGGGUCACUCUGUCCCCAUUGGCAUUGGACCCAGAGUCUUUCCCUGAGUUCCCAAUUGCUUACAGGGAGAUCUUUGACCUUGAAGCUGUGUGGGGCUGGGGAGAGACUGAGCUGUUAAAGGUGCUUCCUUGCAAAGCCUGCUGGCUUACAUUCAGUCCCCCAGUCACUCAUAUAAAGUUGGACAGGGAUUUGUUUCUAGCAGCAAGGAAACCUGUCUCUCCCAUAAAACACAAACAGGUACACACACACAUGCAAAUAUUCUCAAAGUUGUGUUUUGCUGAGCAUGGUGGCGUAUGCCUUUAAUCCCAGCACUCGGGAGGCAGAGGUAGGAGGAUUGCCCUGAGUUUGAGGCCACCUUGA